CAGCAGGCGGUCGGGGAGGCGGAGGAGGAGAGAGGAGAGGAGAGUGCCUUCAUCAUCAGCAGCAUGGAGCUCCGGGAGCGCUGCGCUCUCUGACCGCGCGUCUUCACACCCUUUCAGCCGAGACCACUGCCCAAACGCACACAUGCAGGUUAUGCCACCCCACAGGCUGACUGCAAACCCAACGGUCAAAGAGAAGGGCUGAUCUCAGACCCCCCCACACUCCUGCUGCUGUGCCCCUCCCUGUCCCCAUGGCGACAGGAGGCCAUGCCCCUGAGAAAGAUGUUUUGAUCAACCUGCAUCAGGUUCUGGCUGAGGAGGAGGAGAAGGGCUCCACAGAAGGGCUGGAGGAUGAAGACUGGGACAGGGCUUUGUCUGUGGAGCGUUUUGGGGACAUCAUCACAGAGUCUGGCACGAAUGGCGCAGACAAAAUGGGUCGCAGCUACAAUGAAAAGGACUUUGAAUACCAUCGCCACACGUUCCACCAUACGCACCACCCACUGUCCACCCACCUGCCACCGCAGCGCUUCAGGAAGAGGGUGCUCAGCAUGGAACGUCGGCGCAAAAAGAAACGCAGGAAAAAAAAGACGUCUAUGCCACCCUCUGAUGUCACGCCCACCAUCCAUGAAGUAGAUGAGGAGGAGGUGGAAUCUGAGCCAGAUGUGUUGGGCCAAGACACCACACCCACUGAGCCCCCUGAAAAACAGAUGCAGUUUAGUUUGGGAAGUGAGGGGGUGAUGAUGCCAUCUGUUCCUCUCCCCACAUUCCACUUGGAGAAUGAGAGACCCCCGAGCCCUGAACUGCCCAUCACCAGACCUGCAGAAGUACAUGAGGAGGAAAUACAUGACAAACAAGAAGAGGAAGAAGAGGAGGAGGAGGAGGAAUCAUCAAAUAAGUUUAGUCCAUCUUUAGAGCUAGCCAGUGUCCCAACACGGGCCUGGUUCUGCCGGAAACCCGUCCACCGGCUGAGUGGAGCACAGCGUACAAACUAUGACCUGAGAGAGCGCAUCUGCAUAGGUAGCAUGACUGCCAUGGAGACGGCCGUUUAUCAGAAAGUGCCCACUGAUGAAGCAGAAGCUCAGAUGCUGGCCACUGUUGACCUGGAUGACAUGAAGAGUCAUCGGUUUGAAGACAAUCCUGGAGUAAGACGACACCUGGUCAAGAAGUCAUCUCGUUGUCAGGUUACUCGGGCAAAUAACGGCUCUCCUUCUCUUUCUAGCCUGAAGAAGAGGAAGAAGAUAGACAAAAAGACUCAUGAGGUCUUUGUAGAGCUAAAUGAGCUGAUUGUGGACAAGAACCAGGAGAUGCGCUGGAAGGAGACGGCUCGCUGGAUCAAGUUUGAGGAGGAUGUUGAAGAAGAUACGGACCGCUGGGGGAAACCUCAUGUGGCCUCGCUGUCCUUCCGGAGCCUGCUUGAACUCCGCAGGACCAUCACACAUGGUGCCAUAAUGUUAGACCUGGACCAGACAACGCUUCCUGGAAUUGCGCACUUGCUGGUGGAAACCAUGAUCAUCUCAGACCAGAUCAGAGCCGAGGACCGCGCCAAUGUGCUACGUGCAUUACUGCUGAAACACAGUCACCCGAAUGAUGAGAAGGAGGGCCGUUUUCACCGAAACCAUUCAAUCACCAGCCUGGGCAGCUUGCGCCAUAACCACAACCAUGUUCAUGACACGAGCCUGCCGCUAGUGGCCCAGGACCAUGACACAAAGUCACCCGAGCACGACAAAGAGAAAAACCUGCACCCCGUUCCUGCAGAGGCACACGCUGCAGCCAGAUCUAUGAAACUGCUGGCAAAGAUCCCCAAGGAUGCUGAGGCCACAGUGGUUUUAGUGGGCUGUGUGGAGUUUCUGGAGCAGCCUGCGAUGGCAUUUGUGCGCCUGAAUGAAGCAGUCCUCUUGGAAUCGGUUCUGGAGGUUCCAGUUCCUGUGCGCUUUAUUUUUGUGCUACUGGGUCCAUCGCAGAGUAACAUGGACUAUCACGAGAUUGGACGUUCCUUUUCCACACUAAUGUCUGAUAAAAACUUCCAUGAAGUGGCCUACUUCGCUGAUGACCGUCAGGAUCUGUUGAAUGGUAUUAAUGAGUUCCUGGACUGCAGCAUUGUGAUUCCACCCUCAGACGUAGAAGGCAAGGACCUGCUGAAGACGGUGGCCUCCUUCCAGAAGCAGAUGCUACGCAAGCGCAAGGAAAGAGAGAAUAAGAAGGGCGUUAGUGGAGUGGCAGGACCUAAUCAGGAGACAAAAUAUCUCAGUCAAGAUGAUCAGGAGGAUGAGGAACUAGAGGUGGACCCGCUGAAACGCUCUGGGAUCCCAUUCGGAGGACUGAUCCAUGAUAUUCGCCGGCGCUACCCACACUAUCUAAGCGAUCUAAAGGAUGCGGUGGAUACGCAGUGCAUCGCCGCUGUCAUUUUCAUCUACUUUGCUGCCCUCUCACCAACCAUCACUUUUGGGGGACUGCUAGGAGAGAAGACUCAAGGUAUGAUGGGGGUGUCUGAGCUCAUUAUCUCGACAUCAGCAGUCGGGGUGCUGUUUUCCCUGCUGGCAGGACAGCCACUGCUCAUUAUAGGCUUCUCUGGGCCUCUUCUGGUAUUUGAGGAGGCCUUCUACAAGUUUUGCCAGGCGCAGGGCUUUGAGUACCUCACAGGGCGAGUGUGGAUCGGCUUCUGGCUCAUUUUCAUCGUUCUGGUGAUUGUAGCGGCAGAGGGCAGCUUCCUUGUGCGUUACAUCUCACCCUUCACUCAGGAGAUCUUUGCCUUCCUUAUUUCCCUCAUCUUUAUCUGUGAGACCUUCUCCAAACUGUUCAAGGUAUUCCAGGAACACCCACUAAUGAAGACCUACCCAGUCUCUCCAGACCAUCCUGUGCAUGGACAGCCAGAAUCAGAAAAUCCUGUUCAGACUGGAGGUCCUCUUCUAAACCAGCCCAACACUGCCCUUCUCUCCCUUGUGCUCAUGGUGGGAACCUUCUUUGUGGCCUUCUUCCUUCGAAAAUUCCGUAAUAGUCGCUUCCUUGGUGGCAAGGUCAGGAGAAUUAUUGGAGACUUUGGCAUACCCAUCUCUAUUCUGCUAUCUGUAGUAGUGGACCUCUGUAUCCCUGACACUUACACGCAGAAACUGAACGUGCCCUCUGGUUUCUCGGUCACAUCUCCCGACAAACGAGGCUGGUUCAUCAACCCAUUUGGAGACAAACAAGCCUUCCCCACGUGGAUGAUGGGAGCCUCUGUGGUGCCCGCCCUUCUCGUCUUUAUCCUCAUCUUCAUGGAAACGCAGAUUACGACGCUGAUUGUAAAUAAGAAAGAGCGUCGUUUGUUGAAGGGUUCAGGUUUCCACUUGGAUCUGCUGCUGAUUGUGACACUGGGCGCUCUCUGCCCACUCUUCGGCCUGCCAUGGCUGACAGCUGCCACUGUGCGCUCUGUCACUCAUGUUAAUGCUCUGACAGUAAUGAGCAAAGCUACAGCUCCUGGAGAAAAGCCCAUGAUCCAUGAGGUUAAAGAGCAGAGACUGACUGGAAUGUGUGUGUCCAUACUUGUGGGCAUGUCCAUUGUGAUGACAGAUGUGCUGCGGCAUAUUCCUCUGGCUGUGCUCUUUGGUAUUUUUCUGUACAUGGGCAUCACCUCCCUGACUGGUAUCCAGCUCUAUGAGCGCAUCACACUCAUGGUCACGCCUGCAAAACACCAUCCUGAUCAUAACUAUGUGACUAAAGUGAAAACAUGGCGUAUGAACAUGUUCACCAUAAUCCAGCUGUUGUGUAUUGCGCUCUUGUGGGUGGUGAAGUCCACUGUGGCGUCCCUGGCUUUCCCCUUCAUCCUCAUCAUGACCGUGCCACUGCGCAGACUCAUCCUUACUAGGAUCUUUGAGGAGAGGGAGCUGGCAGCUUUGGACGCAGAUGAGGAUUCACCCAAUUUUGACGAAGAUGGUCGUGACGAGUAUAAUGAGAUUCACAUGCUUGUGUAGACCCUGGUCUCCAGUCACGGGAUAAACAGCCUGUAAAGGUGACACUGGCCAUGAUGUAUGAUGAUGAACUCAUCUACUCUCCUUCAGGAUUCUGUAAUGUGUAUAUUCAAACAUUGUACUUAUUCUGUGUAAAUUGGAGACAUUGAUGCCAGAGAUUCACAGGAUUUAGCUACUUUGUGUGGUUGUUAUUCUUAUUUAUUUCUUACAUAAUUUUUACAUUUUUCUUCAUAAGUGGUCUCCCUAAAACUUGAUGAUGUCCAGUGUUUCGCAGUCCUGGUUCAGGACAGUUUACUGCUUUAGUAGCAGUAACACACACACACACACACACACACACACAUUUUACCUCAUGAAGUGUUUGUUAAUGAGCUGAUGAGGUGAGUCCAUUGUGUUAAAGCAAGUGAAUUACUAAAAUAUAACUCUGAAACCAGGUUCUGGAAUCACUAAAAUGGACCUUACAUUGAUGUAUAAAGUUUAUGAUUCACUCUCUACCCUGAAUUCACUGCAUAUAACAGCCCAUGUCUUGUCAAGUCUGAGUUGCCUUCUCAUCAGUGGUGUAUGUACUGGCCACAGAAUCUGAAUGAUUUUCAGUAGUAGUAACAUCCAUCUGAGAACCCUCAGGGUGGUUCAUUUGAAACACAUUCUGUGCAAUUCCCUAUUUUUGUAUGUGGUGUGAUAAAAUGCCGUCAUGAAGACAUGAACGCUAAGUGAGAUUUCUUCUGAUAGAUCCUCUUGUUUAAGCUUUUUAUUUAUUUGCGGUUAUUUAUUUGCUGUACUGCACAAUUAGCUUUUCUUCAAAACAGCACUUACUUGUUAAAUUUGUAAUGACAUGGCCUAACAUAAAAGAAGUAGCAAGAGACAUUAGCGUGGACUGAAUAAGUUAGCACACUCUUAUACUUUUCCUAUAUUAUUUAUUUUGUGCUCAUGAUGGCGAGACUUGUAGUUACAUUUUAUGGUACAUUUGAUUUAUUGUUUUAUUGGAACAGUUAAAGCCAUAGUGUACAUGCUUUGAAGAUGUAAUAUAAACAGAUUAUAAAGUUUAAUCAUAAAAUCAAUCUUAAUCCACUGACUGACGAACUGUCAGUGUAUAUGGAUGUGCUUAGCAUUAGAGCUAGUUCUGGAAGCGAGAAUAUUUGGCUCCACUGCAUUCUGCUGCCAAAUCAGUGAAUGAGGGCAGAGAGGAAACUUGGCUUUGGUCCCAUCUAUCAAACUUUAACUAGUUUAAAGGAAGUGCAUGACCUUUUAAAACCCACAUUGUACCACAGCCAACAAAUAAGCAGUCAAAUUUCUUUUAUCUUUCCCUUUAUCUUUUUACACAAAACGUUCCUCAGAGGACCGCGGAUGCUCUGAGUUGGGGUCACUGAUCUUUCGUCCAUGCUUUUCGUAUGAACUGAAGUAUUAUUUUUUCCUGUUUCUUAACAAAUUAAGGCAUAGAUAGUGAAAAAAGUUGCCCUUUAGACUGUAAAUAACCUCCUGACUGGUUUUUGUUGGUUGUGCUACAUCAGUGUGUACUUUACCCAAAUCACAAAGACCAGGGUCAGUUUUCACACACACACUUCCACGGAAGUUUUUUUUCCAAUUUAACUCAGUGAAAUUGGAGGACGGUGAAAUAUAAGAGAUUACUCUUAAAACCAAAUGCUGCUACCCAUUCAAACAGGUUGUCAGACCACACAGAAGUUUCUUGUGGUUGUCCUCAAAUUUCAAAAGUGGGCACUGUAUUGAUUAAAAAAAAAAUUGGGCAGUAGUUACAGUACAGAUGCGUGAUUAGGGCAAUGGUGACUCAGUGGCUAAGGAUCUGAAUUAGAGAACAGAAGGUUGAAGAAGGACUGCCAAAGAACCCUUAAUAGCUCGUCUCAUCUGAAAGCCACUUUGGGAUAAAACCAUCUGCCAUAUGAAUGAAUAAAUGUGGUUAGAGAUGCAUUUCUUUAGAGUGAGAAAAAAAUAGCUCAGGUUUCUGGCUAUGUGUUCCUUCAGGUUCUCCGGUUUCUCUCACAUCAAGAAAACCUGCCAGUAUGGUUGUAUACUUGGAAACUCCAAAUUAGCUGGUAUGAAUGAGAAUGCGAACAUGUGCAUGGAUACAAUCCUGAGAUGGACUGGUGUAUUCAUCCAGGUUGUAUUCCCAUCACACACCCAAAAUUCUUGGAUUAGGCUCAUGAUCUUAAUCCAAAAUCAAGAGUGGUUACUGAAGAUGAAGGAAUAAAUGAAUGUAUGGCAUGAAUAAUGCUUGGUGCUCAAUUCAAUUCCUAAAGAUCCAACACUGCCAUUAUGUUGUUUGUUUCCUUUAUAGAUAUCACAUAUAUGCUGAAUAUUUCAUGACCACCUGGGCCACAAACACUUUACUGUCACUUUACAAGUGACUUGGUUUCCUCUUGACUCUUUGGUUCCGUAGACUAAGUCUUACUGUGGCUGUAAUAACGUGUCUGCAGGCGGCAGUAAGAAUGACGCCAGUGGCAUGAGUGCUUGGACACGGCCUUGUAAAGGAAUGGUUUGAAUCAACAGAGAUGGAUAGUGAACAAAAGGAGCUCUUAAACAGGCAUCUAUUGUCAUGAUGGCUGGCAUUUCUUAGGUAAUUGUGGUUUCCAAGACUGCAGACUUGUUGCUUAUUCAAGCAGCCUAAUAAUCUGCAGAGCUUCUGUUCAGUGGGGAUGUUUAUAGGAUCGCUCAGUGCUGGGAGAGAAUACACCUGUGCAGGCUGGAAAAUCACAGAUACCUGUUCUUUAAACAUUUUACGGGCCAUAGUGUGUGUGUGUGAGUGUGAGAGAGAGAGAGAGAGAGAGAGAGAGAGAGUGAGUGUGAACAGGUGCAGGAAUGGUAGGAAAUAGAAGGUUAAAACCAUUAAGUCUGGAGGAGAAUCCAAAGGUGUGUGGGUAGUAUGUGGUUUUUCAGAUGUUGGAUCAUGAGGAAAAAAUCCAAAAUGGGUCUAAUUGACUAAUGCCACCCUAGUUGCUUAGCCCACCCACCCGAUCCCAUAAAUAAUGUGUUAUUGUGUAACAAUAUGUCGGACUGCUUCGCUUUCAAUUUUCUUUUAUUGGAUUUGACACUGAAUGUGUGCUUCACUUUCCAAAGAGCUUCAUUUCGAGGGAAGUAAAGACAGUGAAAAAUGGAUGGAGUCAGAUUGUAUUAAUUCCACAACCAUUCUUCUUCAGUAUAUUCAGCUGUUAGAACAGUGGCGCAAACCACAUUAUUACUGAAGUCUAAAUAGUGCUUUCGAUUCAAUGCGGAAGGAGUAAAUAUAGAAUCUGGUGAGGGUUUAACGGAAAGUCCUGUUUUUUUUUUUUCCUGAAAAACAUAUUUUCUGCAUUUUCAUAAUAUCUUUCAAAUAAUACACAUGUUCUCAAAAGGUUUACUACCAGGGAGCCCUUCAAGUGUAAAAUAAAUUCCAAUGACCCCCUUAGCUUUUUACUCCACCAACAGAACACACACACAAACACACACACACACACACACACACACACACCUCCAUAUAUAUAUAUAUGGAUAUAUACAUAUAUAUAUAUAUAUAUAUAUAUAUAUAUAUAUAUAUAUAUAUAUAUAUAUAUAUAUAUAUAUAUAUAUAUAUAUAUAUAUAUAAUUACAAUGUCUAAACAUUUAUCAGAAACAUUGUUGAAAAAUAAAAUAAAUAUGAAAAUAGUUAUAAUAAGCUGGCUGCAUAAGUGUGCACAUCCUAUUUUAAUUAUGGUGUGGCUGUGUUCAGAACAAAUAAGUCCCAUUCAGUCAUGUUCUAAAAUAAUUAUCAUACAGCUGUCAUUGAAAUUAUGAUGAUUAACCCAAAAUAAAUAUCAGCUGUUCUUUUUUGGUUGGUUUCAUCUGACUGCUGAAGCCAUGGUCCCGGAACAUUCGAUGUACCAUGGAACACCAUAAAGGCUAUUAUCAACAAAUUCAAGAAACUGGAGCAUCACAGUGACAUCAACAAGAACAGGAUGUCUCGCUAAAGUUAUUAAAAGGACAAGAAAAAAAACUUACCCGGGAGGCUGUCAAGAGAGCUAUGGCAGCAUUAAAUGAGCUGCAGGAACAUGUGAAAAGUACUGAUUACUCUCUGUAUGUGACAAUCUCUCUUAUUCUUCACAUGUCAAAGCUAUGUGGUAGGGCUGCUAGAUGGAAGUCCUUUUCUCACAAAAACCUAAACUAAAUCAUAACAAUGUGACAAGUGGUAAAAUGUGUUGAUUCUGAUUAGACCAAUUCCAAAAGGUAUGUUUGGUGCAAAAGAAACACAUCACCACACAACAUGGUGGUGGCAGCAUCAUGCUUUACAGCUGCUUUUUUCCAGCCAAAACUGUGGGUUUUGCCAAGAGGGCAGAAAUCAUAAAUGGCUACAAAUGACAGUCGAUUUUAAGGUGUCUGCUAGUAAGCUGAAGAUGAAAAGUGAUCAUGAAAAGAACCCAAAGCAUCCAUCCAAAUCAAGAAAGGAAUGAUCUAACCAGAGCUCAGGUGUGAAUCCAGCUAUAAAUCUGUGGGGUGACCUGAAGCAGGCUGUACACAAGAGUUGCACUUGAUGGAUCAGGAAAGAAGAGGUGUAAAUGAAAUGAAAAAGUGCUAUAACAAAGUAUUAGUGUAGGCAUGUACACACUAAUGCAGCCAAGUUAUUGUAAGUUUUAUUUUUGUAUUUUUUUAAUACAUUUUUACAAUUUCACAUUGAUGGUGAAAAUAUCUUGAAUAUCACCAAAUAUUGGAUUACAAUAAUACCAAAUAUGUUUUGAUAGUUUUGCACUCAAUUCAAGCUAGAAAUAGCCUUGUUUUUUUUCCAUUGGUAGAAAAUUUUGUUCAAAGUUAGCACUUAUUUCUUGAAAGAUUAUUGAUUCGAAAUAAUUUGCCAGUAGAACUACAGAAACUUAAUAGUCUACGUUUAGAAAAGUAGACGUUUAAUAAUCAUAUAUUCGGUUUAUUGCAUUUUUGUAAUCAGAAAUCGUAUAUAAACGUGAUUAUAUUCAAGAUAUUUUCAUGGUUCACGAUUAUUUGCAAAGCAAAGUGCCCUAUGAGAGGAAAUGUUUUUAUAUACUAUACAUUUAAUCAUUUAAUACUGUGAAAUCUGAAAGAUUUUUUUCAUACAUGAAGGUUAAUAUUACCAUAACUGAUUAAGUUGUUUAUAAAUUUCAGAGCUAACUUCAGUAGACCUACAUGUAAUUAGAGAUGCACUGAUAUCUUUUUUUCCCCCUUCAGACCAAGUAGGAGUCAUGCGUGCUACCAUAGUGCUUGCUUUCUGAUACUCUGAGAUAUUGAUACUGAUACAGACAUGAGACGCUUCAGAACGUAGUAUUAAGCAAUCAGGUGCAUCAUGGAAUAUGGAACAUUAUGUAAUGCUAGCAUUAAAAUCCUUCUGCUGAGGUUUGUGUUUAAGUUGUUAAGGCGUUUAAGCAGUUUCCUUUAAUAGAGGUAGCCGAGUUGAGUGCGCGAAGAUAUACUACACUUAUAACUCACAAGUGUCAAGUGUGCUUGAAGAACUGAAGUGCUCUCACAUGUCUUGAGCUCAUUGAUAAUAACCAUACUUGCUGAUAAUGCUGUGCAUCCUCAGGUCAGCCAUCCUGUUGCUCUCUUUUUAAGAUGCUGUAAGAUAUUUUAUCACAUUAUUUGUGUUGUACGAUAACCCUAUAGUUUCUUCUGUUAGUGUACCGAUCAGCCAUAAUAUUAAAACCACUGAGAGCGGAUGUGUAUAACAUUAAUUUUAACGUAACAGUGGCAUCUGUGGCAUGGGGUGGUAUAUAGUGAAUUGUCAGUUCUCAAAGUUGGAAGCAGAAUAAAUGGUCAAGCGUAAGGAUCUGAUUGAUUUUGACAAAAAACAAAUUGAAAUGGUAGAACAGCUGAGUCAGAAAUCUCCAAAAUGGCAGGUCUUGUAGGGUGUUUCUAAUAUGCAGCAGUUAGCACAUAACAGAAUGGUCCAAGGAAUGACACCCGGUGAACCAGAGUGACAGAGUGCACAAAGCUACACAAUCCCAGGCCUGAUGCUAUGGGCAAUGUUCUGCUGGGAAACCUUGAGUCCUGACAUUCAUGUUAAUGUUAAUUUGACACAUACCACUUACCUAAACACUGAAAAAUUGUUUAGGAAUGGUUUGAGGAACAUGAUAAAGUGUUCAAGGUGUUGACUUGGCCUCCAAAUUCCCUGAGUCUUAAUCUGAUUGAGCAUCUGCUAGACAAACAAAUCCGAUUCAUGGGGGCCCCAAUUCACAACUUACAGGACUUAAAGGUUCUGUUGCUAACAGUUUGGUUCCAGAUACCACAGCACACCAUCAGGUGUCUUGUGUUGUCCUUGCCCUGAUGGAUUUGAGUUGUUUUGGCAGCGCAAGGAGGGACCUACACAAUAUUUGCCAGGUGGUUUUAAUGUUAUGGCUGAUUGGUGUAUAUUUGCAGAGUGCAGUUUGCAGCCUGCUUUGCUAUGAUUGCCAUCAUUAAUCAUGAUCACAUCCAGAUCUCUGUCGAUCUGUGUUCAUUAGCGUGACAACAUACAGUACAAUUACAUACCAUAACAGGUAACAGACAUUUCUUCUAAAAUGGGCAACCAAUUUCAGUUACCAAAUUACCAGAAUCAACAGUGAUCCAUCCCUACAUAUUAUAUUACAUAUUAUUAUUAUUAUUUUUUAAUGUAUGAUAGACCUUAAACAGUAGCACUUUUACAACAGAAAAAAAAGACUUUACUGAGACAUUUAAGACAUUUAAGACAUUUAAGUGCUAACAGUAAAAAUAAGUUAACAAAAAAAAAAGAGUUAAUAUAAUGAAGUUAUAAAAUGAUGAUACAAUAUAUAUAAUAUUUGUUAUAAUAUUUGUUUAUUGCAACCCUUUUGUAUAAAGGACUCUCACAUUCAGAUGCUCUAUACAUAAAUGAAGCUUGAUUAGCUGAUUUGAAAACAACAACAACAAAAACACUUAUAUCUGGUCAUUAUAAGGGACUGCUAUCAGUGAAGAAUUCAUUCUUAUCCCUAUUAAAUGCUAAUGAAAAUACAUUGCUCCACACCAAUGUAAUAUUUUGGUUAAAAUUCCAAUUGACUUCACUGUAAAAUAUCGUCAAACCUAUAAAUAUCACCUGAUAGUUUCCAUUAUUUUGGCCUGUAAUGCAUUUAAUGUAUAAAUGUUUGCUCUCCAUACAUUCAGCAGCCAUGUGUCAAGUUACCCUUAAAUCAUGUCUAUCUCUUGUCAAUCCCAAACAGACCACUUGUAUAACUCAGUGUUGCCUUGUUGUAACUAUGGUAAGAGGUAUAGUUUGUCAAAAAAAAAAAGGCAAACAAGUUCUUAUGAUAAGUAAUGUAUUACUUUAGCUUUAGCAAUACUGAAGGAAAUGAUGUUAUGUGGAUAUUUUAAUAGCAGUAGAAAUGACUAUUACUGUAAAAAUGUUUUCGAACCACUGUAAAACAAAUUGUUAUUUUUUUGUCUCAAAAUAAAUAUUUAUGAUGUGUUUCAACAUA